AUCGAAUUAUAAUUGCAUAUAUACAAAAAUCACAUGCAUGCACAUUGAAAAACAUUGGAUGGUGGAAAAAAUUAACAAAAAUUCGACAACAAACAAUGGAUCAUGAUCGUAAACCGGAAGAUCGAUUUGAAUGUGAAUUAAAUGGCAAUGAAUUAGAAAAAUAUGGUCCAUAUUCAUGGAUGGUCAGACCAUGUGAAUGGUAUCUACAGGAAUAUAAAGAUUGUAAAUCAAUUAGAGCACGAUUACAUCAAUAUUUUAUAUCGGGUACAAUCGAUAAUUGUGAUGAUUGGCGUGAUGAUUAUCAUAAUUGUUAUCAAUUUCGUAAUAACAAAAAUCCAAUCUAUUUGAAUCGUUUAAUUGAAAGUGAACUAUUGCGCAAACAUAACCGGCUAUUACAAUCUAAAGCGAAUGAUGUUUGGGAAUAUCGUACUGAACCACCCAAUGAUUGGAACAAACCUAUUACUACAGAUGAAUGAAGCAAUAAUCUUCAAAUGAUGAUAACAAUAGAAAUUUUGUCAAUUGUAUUGUCACCUUUAUAUCAAUUGUAUAGCUAUAAAUUUUCUUUUCUUUUCAAAAAUAAAUUUUCCUGAAAAAAAAAUUCAA